AUGGCAGUAGAAAUAGAUUCUACUCCCUUAGAAGCUAUCAAACCGCCAACCCACAACCAGGAUACCAAACUUUCGUUGGAAGCAAAGCCAUCUUUAAUAGAGGGAAUUUCAGAAGGAGUAGUUGAGGACCAAAACAUCGUCAGUUUUGGAGAGGAUGACCCGGAUAAUCCAAUGCAGUGGCCUCUAUGGCGGAAAUGGUCGAUUGUCUUGCUAAUCGCAACAAUUUUUAUGCUCACUUACGUAAUAAUUAUUCUAGGCCGUUGGAGCACUGAUGGGCAAGGCAAGUACAUCCAAAAACUUCCCUUCACUGACAUGUGGACCAGCAACUUUGGAACCAUCAUAAUUGUUCCAGCUGUACCGCAAGUCUUGGUUGAGUUCAACACCAACGAUGGUCUCUAUUCAAUAAUCCUCGUCUCAAUAUGGGAGCUAGGAGAAGGAUUUGGACCGUUCCUAGUCGGUCCUCUUUCAGAAAAAUAUGGGAGAAUACCGAUAUACCAUGCUGGAAAUCUAUUAUUCAUCAUUUGCUCAGUUGCUUCUGCUCUGAGUAGGAACAUAUCGAUGCUGGUCUCUCUUCGUUUCUUAAAUGGAUUUGUGAUAACCUCUUCCACCCCGGGCCCGAGUAUCAUUGGAGAUUUGUUUCAUAGCGAAAAUAGAGGAAAGGCGAUAGCUUUAGCCGUCUCGCUCCCCCUUAUAGGGUCGUUCGUUGCCCCGAUGUUGGGAAGUGUCAUUGCAGAUUCUUUGGGAUGGCGUUGGGCAAUAUGA